AUGGAAGGAGGAGGAGCUCCGCCAACUGACGCGGUGAUGGAAGAUGCAACACCACCGCAACAGCAAGAGCCACGGCAGCAGGUGGCGGGGAAGGAUCGAGAAUAUUCCGGCGACAUCUCCUUCAAGGAUUUUGGCGUCACUUCCGACGAAAUCUUUGACAUCUCAUAUCUAUCAUCGAAACCAUCAAACCUCCUACUAGAAGAACCAUAUCCGUUACCAGAACCACCAAAGUUGUUAUCAAAAUCUCCAAAACUGCCACCUAAACCACCAGAUUUCCAUUUUUCAUUUUUAAUAUUUUCUACUAUUUAG